AUGAACUCUACUCCCCGUAAACAUGACUGCCGAAUAAAUCAUAGUGGUUCAUCAAAAGCUAUGGAGCCUACGUCUGCAGUUCAGCUGUUUAAUAACAUAACGAAACACAAUGCUAAGUACUCAACUUACACUGAGGAUGAUGACUCAACAACUGAAAGUUUUAUACAUGCACAAGUACCAUAUGGAGUUGAGAAGUUUAGUGAUAUAAUUCAUAUAAAAAGAUCGUUAACUAGUAGAUUACAUAAUCUGGCCAAAAUGAAAAGAUUUCCCGAUUGCUUAUCAUUGUCAACAAAAGUAAUCGACUAUCUCGUGAAAUGCUUUUCAGUUUCUGACAACCAAAACAAGGGUGAACCAAAAUCAAUGCAAGCAUCAUUAAAGUGCAUAGUACCCCAUGCAUUUGGAAUCCACACUGACUGCAGUGAGUCAUGGUGUCGAUGGAAACAGGAGCCAGCUAUGUACAAGCAUGCAUAUCUACCAUAUGGGAAAGACCUGCAUGGCGAGGAAUUGAAACUAGCCCAGAAUGGCAUUUUCAGUCAAUAUUAUUCUGACAACAUGGUGGAAAAGCUUGCUCCAAUCGCCAACUCUCGGAGAAAUGAGUCUUUUAAUUAA